GACGCGGACACGGUGCUCCGCGAGCUCCGGGAGAAGCGCCUCGCGCAGAUGAAGCAGGCGCAGGCGGAGAAGCUCGAGAACCUGGGCAAGGGCCACGGCCGCUACCACGAGAUCUGCCAGGACGACUUCCUGAACGACGUCCUCAAGUCGCGGCACACGCUCGUCCACUUCUACCACCGCGACUUCGAGAACUGCAAGGUCAUGCACCACCACCUCGAGAAGCUCGCGCCGCGCCACGUCGAGUGCAAGAUGAUGAAGCUCGACGCGGACAAGGCGCCCUUCUUCGUCCAGAAGCUCCAGGUCCAGGUCAUGCCCACGGUCGUCAUCUUCAAGGACGGCGUCGCGACGGCGCGCCUCGUCGGCUUCGACGGGCUCACGGAGGGCCUCGCGCCGGGGAAGGAGAACGAGUUCCGCACGGACGCGCUCGAGUCGUGGCUCGCGCGCGCGGGCUGCAUCGAGUACGAGGCCACG